CUUUUGGCGGGCAACUUAUUCGCACAAACCGCGUGCGCAUUAACCCCUGAGCCCUGAGCGCUCCCCGGGUUCAAUCCAGGUUUGCUACCUUGACUUCCUCAUAUCUGCCCUUUAUUCUCUCGAAAGUGCGUUCAAUAGGUCCGGGAUGGCCCUCAAGCUCGGGUCACUGCUGCCAGCGCUGCGAUACGCCGUAAUUGCGUCGAUAUGCUUCAAGCUGCUGCUGUUUCCUGCCUACACAUCCACAGACUUUGAGGUCCACCGAAACUGGCUGGCUAUUACACACUCGCUUCCUCUCAGCAAGUGGUAUUACGAGGAUCUCUCGGAAUGGACGCUCGACUAUCCCCCGUUCUUUGCAUAUUUCGAAUAUGCUCUUUCUCAGGUGGCCGCGUACGUUGAUCCCGGCAUGGUCGUCGUCCAAAACCUAAACUACCACAGCCCCGAGACCGUGUACUUCCAGCGGACAUCUGUCAUUGUCUCGGAAAUGGUCCUGGUGUAUGCUCUGCAGAGCUAUCUCACGUCGUUUCCGGAGAACACGCGGCAGACUGCGUAUGCAAUUGCAAUGUCGAUCUACUUCUCUCCUGGGUUUUUGAUCAUUGAUAGUAUACACUUCCAGUACAACGCCAUGCUCUUCGGAUUGCUUAUAUUCUCCAUCGUCAAGAUCAAGCAAGGGAAGCUGCUCAUGGGAGGCAUUCUCUUUGCCGUGUUGCUGUGCUUCAAACAUAUCUUUCUGUACCUGUCGCCGGCGUACUUUGUCUUUCUUUUGCGAGCAUAUUGCUUGGAUAUCAGCAACCUCAAACUAAGCAAGCCUUGGGCUGCUAUCCGACUAAGAAACUGCAUAUAUCUCGGAUCAUCAAUCAUUGCCGUUGCACUACUAGCUUUCGGCCCGUUCUUGUACAUGGGCCAACUGCCGCAGCUGCUGCAGCGCCUUUUCCCUUUCUCGCGCGGACUCUGCCAUGCGUACUGGGCGCCUAACGUCUGGGCUUUGUAUUCUGCUCUUGAUCGUACUCUGUUUAUGGUCUUUAAAAGAUUUCUGAACGAUCCGGUCUACGCGGAAGACAAGUCGAGUCUGACGCGCGGGCUUGUUGGCGUGACAUCGUUCAGUGUACUGCCUGAUGUACAACCGCGGGCUACUUUUAUGCUAACGCUGCUCAGUCAAAUACUGUCGCUGAUCCCCCUGCUAAUAACCCCCUCGUUUGAUAACUUCAUGAGCGCGCUCACGCUCUGCGGCUACGCGUCGUUUCUAUUCGGCUGGCAUGUACACGAAAAGGCGAUCCUGCUCGUCAUUAUCCCUUUCAGCUUCCUAUCUCUCAAAGACCGCAGGUAUCUCACGCCGUUCUACCUUCUGACCGUGUCGGGCUACAUCAGCCUGUUCCCGCUCAUCUUCACCUCCGCCGAGGCGUUCAUCAAGUACCUCUACACAUUCACGUGGAUUUUCGUCUUCUACAACGUCUUUGGCGGCCUUGCCCCGGUGCGGUUCCCGAAGCGCGUGUUUCUGCUCGAUCGGAUCGCAAGGGUGUUUUUGCUGGGGUUCAUCCCGCUGCUGCUGUUUGCCGGGCUGUACGAGCGGCUGCCGGUGCUGCGGAACUACGAGUUCCUGAAGCUGAUGAUGAUUAGCUCGUACUGCUCAGUAGGCAUCAUCGGCAGCUUCAUUGGCUUCAGCUGGCUUUAUUUUUUUGCAUAGUCGAUAGAAUCAAUUGUAAGAUACAAGAAAUAGUAACAAUCGCAAGAGUAGAAUAAUAUCGUGACUCAAUCACAAACCGCUGCAGUUAUGUGUGAUUGAC